GUGGCCACCGUCAGCCCCCUGUCAUUCUGAUAGUAUCUACAACAUACAUAUCUCCGAAGUAUGUACAGAGGGCAUCGGGAUUUGAUGUGGUGACGAUCUUCACGGAAUCCUUCCAUAGAUACCAAUCAAUAAUACCCCCGCCGUAUCCCGCUUACGGUGGUACGAGCCCGGCCCCGGUGUUUGCCCUGUUUGCGCCAUGAUGGCCUGAUGGCCUGAGGGCUUGCUUUGAGCUUCACUUUCCGCCGCGAUCUGCUCGUCGCCGGUUUUCCGCCUCGCUCGCCCCUCAUCUCUCUCCAUCAUGCGUCCUCUGUCUCGGACAGCCCUCCGGCCCUACGUCUGCCCCUCCUGCCAAUUGGGCCGUCUCCCCGCCCGCAGGAGAUACGCUUCCCACUCGUCCUCCAACGGCCCUGCUCCCGAAAUCUACGAUGUUGUCUGCGUCGGAGGUGGUCCUGCCGGGCUGGGCCUGUUGGCUGCUCUCCGCGCUUUCCCCGCUACUUCCAAGCUGAAGGUCGCCUUGAUCGAGACCCAGGACCUGCACAAAGCCCGCUCGUGGUCCCUCGAUGCACAGCAUUUCUCCAACCGCGUCAGCAGCCUCACGCCCUCCUCCGUGUCGUUCCUCAAGAAGAUCGGCGCCUGGGACCAUCUCGAUACCUCCCGCGCACAGCCCUACCAGGAGAUGCAAGUGUGGGAUGGCGAAACUGGCUCGCGCAUCUCCUUCGAUUGGUCCAUGGAGACCUCCGCAUUUGAAGACCUCCGCACUGUCGCAACCAUGACCGAGAACUCCAACCUCGUCCGCGCUCUGCUAUCCCGCAUCGCCGCCUCGGGAGACGAGAACCUCUCCCUCUUCUCCAACAGCACUGUUUCCUCCAUCGCCAAUGGCUCCGAUAACCCUGACGGCCCUGACCUCUCGGCCUGGCCCGUCCUCUCCAUCACGCCAACCGGCUCCGCACCCUCUCAACCGCCCACUCGCAUCGCCGCACGCCUUCUCGUCGGCGCCGACGGCAUCAACAGCCCUGUCCGCCGCUUCGCCGACAUCGCCACUGAUGGCUGGGACUACAAUCGACACGGCAUCGUCGCGAGCCUGUCCCUCGCCGAUCUCGACCCCGCUCCAUUCCCCGUCGGCAUGAGAACCGCCUACCAGCGGUUCCUGCCCUCGCUGGGCGGACCAAUCGCUCUACUCCCGCUCCCCAACAACCACGCGACCCUCGUCUGGUCCACCACCGUCGAAAACGCCGCCUACCUCAAAUCCCUCUCGCCCAAGGCCUUCCUCGCCAUGGUCAACGCCGCCUUCCGCCUCUCCGUGACCGACCUCCAAUACAUGUUGCGCAUGGAACGCCCCGCCACAGCCGUCUCCGACCUCGAAGACCCGCACGAGAACGAACUCAGCUGGCGCCUCGAACACACUCCCCAACCCUCCCACAUCCCACCCAUGGUCACCGGCGUCCAGGAAGGCAGCGUCGCAUCCUUCCCGCUCCGCUUCCGCCACGCCGCAACCUACGUGUCUCCCCGCGUGGCCCUUGUCGGCGACGCCGCCCACGUCAUCCACCCGCUUGCCGGCCAGGGUCUGAACCUCGGCCUCGGCGACGUGGCCUCCCUCGCCCAGACGAUCGAGUACGCCGUCCACCACGGCAUGGAUGUCGGAGACCUGCUCACCCUGGAACGCUACGCGGGCGACAGAUACGCCACGAACGCCAAGAUCGGCGGCGCCUGCGACGUCCUGCACAAGCUAUACAAUGUGCCCGGCAACGGGCCCGUAGCGUGGGCGCGCAGUCUAGGCUUGGAUCUCGUUGACCGAGUUUCCUUCGUCAAGGGAUUAUUGAUGAAGGGUGCAGAGGGCUGGUAGGUACGUAGUACAGCAGCAACAG